AUGACGCUAGCCUGCAAAACAGCCGACCUUCUCGCCCUUGCCACCCAUGCGCUAAACCACAUAACCUCACCCGGCCAAUACGCCCUGCUCUCCUCCGAUGAGCGUAAGUCCGCCCUGCAGCAGCUCGCGGCGACGGUGCAUGUAGCGGCGAGGCUCGUAGAGGUCGCGCACGCGGAGGUGCUAGGGCGUGAUACGGAGCCGCCGGGGUGUGCCAGCGGCGAGACGGCGGGGGUGGAGGCAGAGAGGGUGGGUAAAGAGAGGGGGGAAACGGAGAGGAAGAAAGCGGAAAUCGAGAAGGCUAGCAAGGAGGUUCAGGAAUCGAUGGCGGAGACAGGGAUGCUGCACGCCGAGGGGGAGAAGGUGGGGAGGGGGGCGAGUGCAGAGAAAGUGGAGAGGGAGAUGGGACGGAUAGCGCAGGAGACCGAGAGAACCAGGGUCGAGGUGGUGAAAGUGGUCAGGGAGACGGAGAAGGUCAAGGUGGAAACGGAGAAGGUUAGCAAGGAGGUUGAGAAAUCGGUGGCAGAGACGGCCAGGCUCCACGCCGAGGCGGAGAAGGUGGCGAAGGAGGCUGAAAGGGCUGUGGCGGAGACGGAGAGGCUGAAGGCGGAGGCGAUGGUGGUGCGGAGUGAGAAGAUGAGGAUUGAUGCUGAGACGGAGAGGGCCAAAGUAGAGGCGGCGCGGACGAAGGGGGAGGAGAAGAGAGUGCUGGCGGAGGAGAGAGCGGGCGAGAAGGGUGAAACGUUGGUGCAGGUGCAGCAGGAGAGAGCGGACGAGAAAAGUGAAACGUUGGUGCAGGUAGAGGUGCAGCAGGUGGAAAAGCCGAAGCUCAAGACCUUCAGCGAGUUUCUGCAGGAGGAAAUGGAGCGACAGAAGAUGGAGCUGCCUCCUAAAUCUCGUCGUUAUGUUCCACCAUCACAAAGAAGUAGCAGAGACUAUAGGUAG